UAACUUCCGGGUCACAUGAUGAGUCAUUCCACAACCAAAGGUAGCGAGUCAAUGUUUAGACGGAAUGAUUCGGAUUAACACUUCUUUUUGAUAAUUAUAGAAAAGUUGAUUAUUGUCAAGAGCGGAGAUAUAUCCUCAAUACCAGCAGUCAACAGUCGCGAGAGGAACCGACACGACAGCAGGUUGGUGAAGUGUAGACAUUUUAUUGGUAUAUAGCGAACGACGACCUCCAAAACAACCAAGGUUUAACUUCUGUCGGCAAUUACAUAUAAUGGAAGAUGUGAGACACUGUUCAGCAUCCCCCGCCUUGUCCGAUGUGUCUUCUCGUAACUCCUCGGAUUCUACUGAACCUUUGACCAAACGACUGUGCCUGUCGGCGCCCAUAUCAAAGGCGAUGGACUCUAACAUAACACUAUGGCAGUUCCUGCUGGAGCUGCUAGUCAGUAACCAACACAACCACAUCAUCCGCUGGACCAACAAUGACGGCGAAUUCAAACUGCUCAACGCGGAAGAGGUGGCUCGUUUAUGGGGCCUCCGUAAAAACAAGCACAGUAUGAACUACGACAAAUUGAGCCGAGCUCUUCGCUACUACUACGACAAAAACAUCAUCAAAAAGGUGAUGGGACAGAAGUUCGUUUACAAAUUUGUGUCUUUUCCAGAAAUUGUGAAAACGGAAAACAAAAUCCCAUUCAAGGUCAAAAUGGAAACCUUGGCUCAGGAAUACGGUCAGAGAGUAAUGCCACACUUUGCCUCAUAUAACUCGAUCGACAUCAAAUCGUCCGCGAACAUGGCCACUUCUGUCAGCAAGGCCACAUGUGUUAGCCGAUUACAAACGGAAGUGGCAUCAGCUGAUAGCACCACUACAAGCCCGGUUACAGUAGUGGUAACAUCAGUGAAAGAGGAAAAAGACACAGAGUAUUACAGUUCUGUUAAACAACAUUUGGUGCCAUCUUUCAUAUCGCGUGACGUAUCGCCUUCGCCUUCAUCAUCGUCACCCUCUCCUCAUUCAGCAUCAUCGUUAUUGAUGUCGUCAUCUGCCGCGAGUACGUCGGUCGUCAUAUCCAAACCUAAGCCAAACCCCCUCACUCUCAGCAUCACUGAUGGUUCAUCUACAUCCCUUACCUGUGCCAUGACGGGACUUCCAAUCCCCAGCCCCAAAAUUGGACAGACGAGCUAUCCCACGCCAAUAGUCCUGGCCAGUCCCGUAGGGAUGGGCCCACGUACCCCAUUCCUACACUUCUGGAGCUCGCUCAGUCCUAUAGCAACAAUGAGUCCACGUAUUGGUGCCAACUCAGCGUUCCAGUUUCCCUCAUUUGCCAAUAGUCACAUGACUCUGUCUCCAAUGGCGAUUCCGUCGAACUUUUCAAAUGUAGAAUCUCUUGCCACGCCGGCUUGUGUGUUAUGACCAUUACAGAACAAUGACCGAUAAUUAUGGAAA